ACACACACAAACCUAUAGUUGGUGAACGACCAACCACUUCCAAGAGAGUGAGGCAGGGACCCCACUUUUACCACUUCACUAUACAGUCCUCACAGUGAGGGAAGAAGGUGAAGUGAGGCAUAAGGAUGGCAAAGAAGUAAAACCACAUGACUGUAUGCAUAGAAAAUCUUAAGGAAUUUACAAAGCAACUGUUAGAACUAGUGAGUGAAAUAAAGUUGCAGAAUUCAUAGUUAAUAUUUGAAAAAUACAAUUCUGUGUUUAUAUUAAAUAGCAAAAAGCUAGAAAAUGAAGUUUAAAAACUCAAGUCUAUUUACAGUACUACAAAAAACAAAAUACUUAGGAAUAAAUUUAACAAGAGAUACUCAGAUCUUUACUCUAAAACAUCAAAAUAAUGCUGAGAGAAAUUAAAGAAGACCUACAUGAACGGGAAAGGAUGCAAUCUUCAUGUGCUGUUGGCUCUCCCGAAAGUGAUGCACAGUUUAAUUGCAACCUAGUCAGCAUUCUGCUAGCUCUUCUACACUCAACAAGAAUAAAAAAAAAAAAAGCCUAGAGGAAUUAAACAGGCAUUUCACAAAAGAAGAUAUAAAAAUGGCAAAUAAGCAGAUAUAAAGAUACUCAAUAUCCUUAGUAAUCAGGAAGUGCAAGUUAAAUCCACAGUGAAAUACCAGUGUACUUUAUUAGGAUAGCUAAGAGUAAAAAGAUGACAAAGCUAAGGGUUAACAACCAUGCACAGCAGCUACCACUGUCAUGCACUGCUGUGGCAAUAUCAACUGAUACAGUCACUCUUGAAAACUAUUCGUCAAUUUCUAAAAAUCUGCAGUACACUUACUGUAUCCCUCAGCUCUUGCACUUCUUACAUUUACCCAAGGAAAAUGAAAUAUAUGUCCAUGAAGAUGCUCACUGAAGCUGUAUUAUAAUAACUCUAAACUGAGAACAGCGCAGUUGUUCAUCUUUAUUACAAGUUCAUCAUCGUUAAGGAGACAAAUAAGUAGUAACAUAACUGUAAUGAAAUGUUACUCAGAAAUAAAAGGAAGAAAUGUCCGAUAUGUACAACAUGAAUAAAUAUUGAAAUCAUUCAGCUGAGUGAAAGAAACCAGAAAUGAGUACAUAGUGUGAUUUCAUUUAUAUAAAAAUAAAAGAAAAUGCACAUUAGUCACAUAAGAGAAUCAUUGGUUACCUGGAGCCAGGGGCACAGGGGAAGAAGAGACCUUAAAGGGACAUGUGGGAUUUGGUAAAUGAUGGAAACUUACACCUUGAUUGUGAUGGUGGUGGUGGUUUCCUGUGCAUGUACAACUGUCAAAACUUCUUGAAUUGUGUACUUUUAAACCCAUGCAGUUCUCUGUAAAUCAUACCCCAGUGUUGAUAAAAAGUUACUGAAAUGCACGAUGGAAAAUAUGUAUGCAGUAAAUAAGCUUUAUUGGUAUGGACCAGAUGUAGUUGCAAGUUCCUAUUUUCAUAAUAGAGAUUUAACAGUUCUUUUAAGAGCUAAGUAGUUGCCAAGUGUGUUAAGCAAAUAAAAGAUUUCAUUGUUUAUUGAAUUUUUUGUAGUAAGAAGGUGUAGCAGUGGAGUCCUUUAGUCUGUUUUGGUUCUGGAGCUUAGACUUCCUAUGUUUUUUCUCUUCUUUGUUCCUGAAUUCUCUUCCAAGCUUUUUUAAACUUAUGGCCCAGAAGUAUCAAAAUUGAAUUUGUUGAUUUAGGAUGUAAAAAGCCUUUUGUUUUGGAUGUCUGAGAAGGUGAGUCUGUAAAGAACUUCUUCAGACUUCUAUAACAGCUCAAACUCCUCCCCUCUCAGCUUAACCUUUAAACUUUCAAAUAUGGAAUUAUAUCCAGUAAAUAGAGCAAAAGGCCCAUGGCUUAGCUAUGUAGUUCUUAAUAUGUGAAAAAGAAAUGGAAAACACCCCAGCUUUGCCUGCAUGGCACCUCAAUAGUGGUACAAUAAUCACAAGCUGCAAAAAUUAUAGUGAUUUUUGUGGUAUUGUUAUAUAUCAUUUUAAUCUGAGUUACCAGGCCAUUUUCCCAUCUACUGUUGUAAAAGUCUCUAAAAAACAAAUGUCAUUUUUGGUGUUGUAUAAGCAACAUCAAAGUACCUACUUCAGGAAUUUUUUUUUUCCAUUUCAUUCAGCCUUUUAAAAAUAAAUUCAUCAGUGUACCUUACCCAGUCAUUAUUGUUUUCUAAGAGAAAUAAAUUUAGAAAAUGUGAUGAUCAGAUAUGGAUGUUUAAAAAGUCAUGGUAUUUAAGCCUACAAAGUGAGAGAAAAUAGCAAAUCUUUAUCACUGAGUUAAUUCUUCCUUCUGAUUUUUUUGUUGUUCUGACAGGUGAGCCAAGUCUUAGGGAAAAUGCUUAGGAAAAAUGCUGUCUUAAAUUACUGUCCUGACUUAAACUCCCACAGAGUUUUUGACAUUAAGGUUCUUUCAAAAUCUGGAGUAAUAAAAAGAAAAUCGCCUUGAAAAGAUACUGUCCAUGGGCAUUUCCACCUGAAAUUUACCUUUUAAAAAAAUUUUUAAAACCAAAGUACUAGAGGCAUACACACAUGAUGCUGUUGAUUCUUCACCGUCUUGCAAAAUUGAAGAUAAGGUUCACCUAAUUUCAGAGGAGCACUCAAGUUCUGUGCAUCUUGGAUGUGUCGUAACAGGAACUGACUUAGGGAAUUUGAAGCUUAGAUGAGAACCAAGAAAGUUGUGCCUGAGCUGUAGAUGACCCUGCUUUUAAGUUGAGUGAGCAGAAGUAACUGACAAGGGGGUGAAGGUGUUACUAGGUAGAGCAGUGAAUUUCUACUGGAAAGGUAGAAAUUCCAGUGCCACUAGAAAGGAGGGUAAGGCAGCUUCUGGAGGAUUGACCAAGCUGCAGACCAGACCACUGCCUCUUUAGGCAAAGGCAAUAACAGGGCCAGGUACGGUGGUACAUGCCUGUAAUUUCAGCCAUGUGGGAGGAGAUAGUGGUCCAAGACCCAGGUAUAAAGUACGAGAUACAUUAAAAACAAACCAAAGCUAAAAGGUGUCGGGGGAGUGACUCAAGUGAUAGAGUCCUGCGUUCAAACCUCAAAAACCCCAUAACAAAUGCCCUUAUGCGCCACUGACACACUUAAUUAACAUAAGUAUUUUGUAACUCAUUUUUCUCAUUAAUUGAAUAGUAUGGUUAAAUGAAACUUGACCAGAAAGUUUUUGUUUGAAGACUUACUGCAGAUAAAUACCUUUUGAAAUGUCUGCGUUCCUGUGUAAAUUGUUUAUGGUAAUCAUGUUGUAGCUCUCAUUUUGAGGCUUCAUUCUCAUUUUGAUCAUGUCUAGGUCAUGUUCUUGAAGGUAGAGCUUGUGUCCUCCUGGCACCUAGAACGUAGAGUUGCACCGGCAGCCACUUGUAGAAGGGGCAUUUGUCAUUGUUCAGUGAAGAUAAAAUACGUUGCCUGGUAGUCUUGUUUUAAAUGAGUACUUAGUGUUAGAUGAUUUAUUGUUUCCUUCAUCGUUGAGAAUUAAAAUGCAACAUAUUUUUGAGAGUAGGGGUAAAUAAAACUUCGGCUCCUUUUUAGACCUGGAACUUUAUAGUCAUACAAAGUUACUAUCUAAAUUUCUGGUAUAUGAACUAUGUAGAUGUUCACUUAGAUUUUUAAGCUUUCUUUUUUUUUAAAGUAAGUUAUCUGUAAAGUUAUUAAGAUGUGAUGAAACCACAUCAUUAUGUUUUAUUUAUCAUUUUGAAACUAAAAACACCACGUGGGAACUGCAUUAAACUUAACUUUUGCAUCAUGAAUAGAAGCAGAAAUUAUUUCCAAAUUGAGGUGCAGGAAGCUUUAAAAUGCCUGGUCAUCCUUUAUCAGCACUGCCGAAUGAAUCAGCAAUUUGCUGAGUAAUUCCUUUUGUUGAUUACUUAAAGAUGAAGAACAAUUGCAAAAAUGGAUUUACUAAUCUUUUGUAAGAACACAACCCAAACGUUGGAGUUCAUUUAAUUUUGAAGUCACCAAAGUUUUCAUGUAUUUUGCUGGGAUCCUUAAUCUGAGGUUGGUGACAGGUAGAAGGAUGCUUUCCACUUCACUUCCAAGCACCAUUUGUUAUGCAGAAUGUCUGUGAGUGAGAACACAGUGUUUGCCUAUGAGUCCUCGGUGCACAGCACCAACGUCUUGCUCAGCCUCAAUGACCAGCGGAAGAAGGACGUGCUGUGCGACGUCACUGUCCUUGUGGAGGGCCAGCGAUUCCGUGCCCAUCGCUCGGUGCUGGCAGCAUGCAGCAGCUACUUCCACUCGAGAAUUGUAGGUCAGGCUGAUGCCGAGCUGAGCAUCAAGCUGCCAGAAGAGGUGACAGUUAAAGGAUUUGAACCUUUAAUUCAGUUUGCCUACACUGCUAAACUCAUUUUAAAUAAAGACAAUGUGGAUGAAGUAUGCAAAUGUGUGGAAUUUUUAAGUGUACACAAUAUUGAGGAAUCUUGCUUUCAGUUUCUCAAAUUUAAGUUUAUGGACUCCACUUCAGACCAGCAAGAAUGUACAAGGAAAAAAUGCUUUCCAUCUUAUUGUCAAAAAUCAGACCUUAAAUUUUCACUUUCAGACCAGAGAGAUUCAGAAAUUGAUGAAGCAGAGGAGUUUCUGGAAAAUAAAAAUGUUCAGACCCCUCAGUGUAAGCUCCAAAGGAAUCAAGGAAAUGUAAAAGCAUCGCCUCCCCUCCAAGACAGUGCCAGUCAGACCUGUGAGUCCUUGUGCUUGGGGAAGGAGGCUGCUCUGGCUUUGCCCUCUUUGUGCCCCAAAUACAGAAAAUUCCAAAAAGCAUUUGGAACUGACAGAGGCCGUACUGUGGAAUCUAGUGUCAAAGAUGUUCAUGUGGCUUCCGGUCAGCCAGAUGAGAUACCUGAAAAUGAAUGUCUACGGGGAGGCCAAGACUCUGCUGACCUGCAGUUGAUUUUAAAAUGUGAAGAAAGCAAGUUAGCAAUGGCAUAUGAAGAAACAAAGAAAAAAGAUCCCACUUCCCAAUGCCCAACACAAGAACCAACAGAAGUAACUCCUCUUCCCCACAGUUCUUCUACAGACCCUCAUGGACUCUAUUCUCUGUCUCUUUUACACACAUAUGACCAAUCUGGUGACUUGAAUUUUGCUGGUAUGCAAAACACAACAAUGAAAGCAGAAAAACUUUUGUCGGGUACAGAUGCUCAAGAAGGGAAAACAUUUUGUGAAGGUCAGGAUUUAUAUUUGAAAUCUGACAUGGGCCCUAAGGAAGAUGGUAGCCUUGCAUCUAGUGAUCGGAGCAGUGUGGAACGAGAGGUGGCAGAGCACCUAGCAAAAGGCUUCUGGAGUGACAUUUGCAACACCAACUCUCCUUGCCAAAUGCAGUUGUCACCUGCUGUAGCCAAAGAUGGCUCAGAACAGAUCUACUCACAGAAACGGUCUGAAUGUCCCUGGUUAGGUAUCAGGAUCAGUGAAAGCCCAGAACCAGGCCAGAGGACUUUUGCAACCUUAAGUUCUGUCAACUGCCCUUUUAUAAGUACCCUGAGUACCGAAGGUUGUUCAAGCAGUUUGGAAAUUGCAAAUGAUGGUUACGUUUCAGAGCCUCAGCAGGAACCUUGUCCAUAUGCUUGUGUGAUUAGCUUGGGUGAUGACUCUGAGACAGACACAGAAGGUGACAGUGAAUCCUGUUCAGCCAGAGAACAAGAAUGUGAGGUUAAACUGCCAUUUAAUGCACAGCGAAUAAUUUCACUCUCGCGAAAUGAUUUUCAGUCCUUGUUGAAAAUGCACAAACUGACACCAGAACAACUGGAUUGUAUCCAUGACAUUCGCAGAAGAAGUAAAAACAGAAUUGCUGCACAGCGCUGUCGGAAGAGAAAACUUGACUGCAUACAGAAUCUUGAAUCAGAGAUUGAGAAGCUGCAAAGUGAAAAGGAGAGCUUGUUGAAGGAAAGAGACCACAUCUUGUCCACUCUGGGUGAAACAAAGCAGAACCUAACUGGACUUUGCCAACAAGUCUGUAAAGAAGCAGCUCUGAGUCCAGAACAGAUUCAGAUUCUCGCCAAGUACUCAGCUACAGAUUGCCCACUUUCCUUUUUAAUUUCUGAAAAAGGAAAAAGUACUCCUGAUGGUGAAGUUGUGCUGCCGUCCGUUUUCAGUCUAUCUGAUGUGCCGGUGGUGCUGCCUCCUUACAGGAGAGGAAGCUGUGAGGCUGGCUAUAAGCCGGGUCAGGAAUCCCAGCCCAGCUCUACAGCCACCGCCAAGCAGCUUGUGGAACAGUGUCGCCAGAGUGGCGUGAUCUCCGAGUUCUGUCAGCAGAUGACUGAUAAAUGUACUACUGACUAGUAAACUUGGUUUGCUUCCUUCAGCCCAUGCAACUUGCUACUGAAGUUUUGGUAUUGUCUUGAAAGCCUAAUAUGGCCAUCUCUUGCUUAAUAGUACUGAUUUCCCUACUAGCUUUCUAUCCACUGAAUUUCUCUUUAAGUUAACCCUGAUUUCUCUCAAUUUUCACAAGAGACACCAAAAUGACUUGCCUCCUGAGUAUUGAAAAACCACAUGUGGAAAUGUAGCAGGCUAUUAAAACUUGUGUUUUAAAGAGUAACUGUUAGUUUUAGUAAUAACUUCCCAGUAUUCAAAAUAACCAUGAGAAUAAAAACUUCAGCCUGUAAUAGUCUAAGAGCUCGAAACAUCUGUAGAGUUCUGCCGAAAAAGUUUCAUGAUCUACUUUUUUGCAAUGUACAGAUUUAAGAGAAAGUUUCUCCCCAAGCAAUAUAGUUCUAGUCUACUUAGAAGUAGGAUGUGAGUACUGGAAAUAUUUGCAUAGAGCUGCAGUGUGAAAAAUCUACCAUCUUUCCUGAGUUCUGGAGCUUUGUGCUCAGCUCCUCCUACACCCAGGUGUUGGUCGGGCUUCACUAUAGCUCGUGGGCUACACUGGCAGCAUUCAGUGUUGGGCAGGUGGUACCUGAGGUGGAGGCUUCCCCCUUCUUCAGUAGACUGUAGAAUUUUGUUCAGAAUAAAUAAUAAAUAAAUACCAUUUUCCCUCCUCAGUUUCCACCACAUCAAAGCCCAUUAUGAACUUUCCUGAUACUCUUAUUGCUUGGAAAGAGAAAAGGGACCCAGGAUGCAUGGCUCAUGUGCACCGACUGGCAGCAUUAUCUUAGGCCCCUGAUCUGGAGAGCUUCCCAACAUACACAGAUGCUUUCUCUUCCACUGUAGGUCACUGAUGCCAGAAAAGCAGGCAUGAGAAUCAAGGGAAAGAGCUUUUUCUACAUUACCAGGAAUGUAGCUCAUUUUUGAAGUCCUGUGGUACGCAUGUUGAAAGCGUUAUUGUGGAUAAAAAUGUCUGAAACAACGCUACAACUUUUUGAAAAAGGGUGAAUCUUGGUCUUAUUGCAUUAUGGGUUUGUAUUUGAGAACCAAGUUUAAUCCUUGCCUUUUUUCCCAAAAUUUGGUAUGAUGUAAAGACACACAGAUCAUUUUCACUUGGGUAUGUAAAAAUCAGUCUUUGUGUUUAUUUGGUCCUCUUAUAAAAUGUAUUUCUAAUCUGAUCACUUGUCCCAUAACACUUUUCAGUGAGCUGUUUUCUAGAAUUAAAUAUUUUAAGAGGCAAAUGAAAGUUAUAGAUCUCAGCAGUUAAACAAAAAAAUCGCACUUACAGGUUGAGUAUCCCUGGUCAAGAAAUUAAAAUGCUUCAAAAUCUGAAACUUUUUGAGUGCUGACAAGAUAUCACAAGUGGAAAGUUCCAUGCCUGACCUCAUGUGAGAAGUUUCAGUCAAAACACCAGUGCACUAAAAAUGUUAAAAUGACUUAGCCUGUUUGCGUAAGGUGCAGUCGAAACACGAAUGAAUUUCAUGUUUAGACUCGGGCCUCAUCCCCAAGAUAUCUCAUUAUGUAUAUGGCACAUAUUCCAGAAUCUGAAACAGUCUGAACUCUGAAGCACAUUGAGUCUUAAGCAAUUCAGGUGAGGGAUACUCAACCUGUAUUCACAUUUACAGAAACUUUUGCAGAACCCAGUACUAAAUGGUACAAAGAAAUGGUGGUAUAUGGAGUAGAAAGUGCUUCAUUUCAUCAAGUCAGACACCUGUAAGAGAUCCUUCUCUUGAUAGCACCCUGAGUCUACUGAAGUAUCUGGGUAGCUAAAGAGGGAACAGCCACCACAGUGAAUGACAUGUUGGAAGUAAGUAGAUCUUUGCCUUGCGAGUGUAUGGGGACCAGACUCAGGCUUCAGAGCAGUGUGUCAAAUGUUGGCCUUUUUCAUUGGGGUGCAGAGAGAGGAAGGAUAGUACUCAUAUAUUUUUAGUAUUUGUUAUCUUUGUUAUUGACUUAGUUGGAAGAGAAAAUUACUUGAGAUUAUUUUCUAGAAGGUUUCAUAAGUAUACUCAAUUUGUCAGGGCAAAUAGUCAUUCUAUGAAAACGCAUCCCACAUUACAGAAUUGUGUGUAUAUAACCCCUGUGUAGCUACUUCUUUGAUAUUUGUAAUUUAAAUUUCAGCUUCACAAUGUACAAUAAUAUAAAAACUUCUGGUUUACAAAAUGUAAAAUAUUACACAAGCCAAUGGAAUUCUUGAUUUCCUACCUCAGUAUAUGCUCAACUGUCAGCAGUUUUUAUAUGUGCAAAUGUUAAUCUUUUGCUUUAAUUCCAACUGUAAAUACUUGCUUUGAAAAGUUAUUUACUGUUUUAUGAUAAAAUCUAGCUGUCUCCACAGUUUAAAUAUAAUUUUAAAGCACUUGGUUUGAAUUUCUCUCUACCUAUAAGCAGUUUAGCAUUAAGGGUUUAUUUUAAUGGCAUCUGAUAAUUGGCCAAGUGUAAUUUUUCUUAAAAUUUAGCAUUACUUUCAAUAACCAGCAUGUAAUACAAGUAAAUACACUACCUCAUACCUACAUGAUUUUCAAGUUGUAAUAUAGAUGGACAAAAAAGAUUUUGUCUUUGUCUUUUGACCAUAAGGUGGGGAAGUUUUCUAUAUAUUGUAUAGCAUUACACAUUUAUGCCUAUUUUAACAUUAACUUCUAAAGAAGUUUUUUCUAAGAAAAUUUGUUUUAAGGCAAUAUUUUUUGAGACUGCCGAAGACAAAUGACAGGAUUACGUGUAUACAGUGUAUGCCUUUUCCUUCAUGCCGAAGUUUGAAAAUGUUUGUUUGUGAUUUCCGUAAUCAUUGUUUCUUAUUCUAUGAACCCGACCUUCUCAGUGCUUGAUGACUGACUCAGCAAAAUAACAUUACCAUAAAUUUCUUCCCUUAUUUGAAUACUAUAACUUUAGCAAAUAAUUUGUUAAAUUGUUAUAUUCAAAAUAAAUGUGGAUAUAAUGUUGGUUCUCCAUCUGUAAGUUUUACAAUAAAUUAUAGCCUAAUGUGUAACCAAUUUAAGGAGUUAAGUAUAUUUGAUGCAGUAGACCAUACAGAUUGCAGGUGGACACUCAACAUAUUACCAAUUGGGAAAAAACAAAUGGCAGUGUUACAGUGAAUUCUCAGGUGACCUUUUUUCAUUAUGAAAACAUCUAUUUUGAAUUUGUAAAUAUUUUAAAUGUUUUAUUAAGGCAUGUAAUAAACUAUUCCUUGAACCCUGUUGGGUAUAAUAAAAAUUUAAAGCCAUAAUGGCAAAAGGUAGCAUCCUGAUUGUAAAAUAAACAGAAAUAAUAACAUUGAUUUUUUUUGUAUCUUUCAUAAUAUAAUUUUCUAACCGCAAUAAAACCACUAAACUUAU